AUGGGAAAUAAUAUUUUCCGUCGAAGACAUGGAAUAGUUGGUGUGAAAAACAGUAAAUCUGAGAAAACCACUAAUCCGGAACCUUCCAGCAAUAAUAAUGAGACAACAGAAACGACUGAAAAACCGACUAAUGUUAAUAAACCUAUUGAUCCUCAUGUGUCAGAAGGAAACAAUGACGUGAUUAAAUCUUCUAAUUCUGAUGAAACUGAAGGAAAUAAUGAAGCGAAUGAACCUUCUAAUGAUCAACAAACUGACAAAACAGUUCAAUCACAGAUAUCCGUCGAUCAUAAUAAAGUUGAAAGAAAGAAUGAUGUAAACACAUCCUCCGGUCACAACGAACCUGAAGAAACGAACGAAUCGACUAUACCUUCUAAUAGCAGUCGAGUAGAGGAAACGAAUAAUUCAGUUUCAUCCCAUGAUCCCAAUGAAGAGAUAAAAAUAAAUCAAGAAAAUACAACCUCUAGACAUAAUGAUCUCAAAAGAAAGGUUGAUUCAGAGGCUAGUUCGUCCAAUUUUAAUGAAAGUAAUAAAUCAGGUAGUUCAAACAUAUCUUACAGUGAAGAUGAACCUGAUUUGCUUGAACCCGUAUUAAAAAUAGAAAAACAUCAAAAUUUAAUUAAUCGUCUUCUUGGUUGUGUUUAUGGACAAGCUCUUGGUGAUGCAUAUGGUCUAUCUACUGAAUUUGAAAAUCGCGAUGAUGUUGCGUAUAAAUAUCCAGAUCGUUCAAAGAUAAUUCCGUUUCCAGAUUAUAUCCUCACUGGACAUAAUAGACGAUGGACAAGAGGUGAUUGGACAGAUGAUACAGAUCAAUGGAUAUUAAUUCUAGAAACAUUAACAGAAACUAAUAAUGAUGAACCUAAAGAGAUAGUUUUUGCUAAAAAGUUAAAGAAUUGGAUUCGACAUGGAUAUUCAGAAUUGGGUGAUUAUGGUGGAAUGGGAUUAGGUGCCAAUGUAUCGCAGGUUGUUCAUUUUCAUGAUUAUGUUAACGAUCCACUCACAGCAAGUAAAACAGUAUGGGAACGUGGUAAUCGUCAAGCAGCACCAAAUGGAGCUGUUAUGCGUUGUUCAGCAUCGGCAUUUGUCAUAUCAACGACUAAAUUGAUGUGUAAAACGACUCAUUUUGAUCCUCGAUGCAUUGCUUCCUGUCUUGCUGUUUGUUUGACUAUUACUUACCUUUUAAAAGAAGAAUUCGAUCAAAAUGAUAUUGAAUCAUUAAUAAAUCGUGUUAAAAAAGAAACUAUCGAAAUACUUGGUGAUGAGUUUUCUGACGAACAUCGUGAAUUAUUCUUAUGGCAUAUAGAUAAAGAACGUACACUAGAAGAACUUAACCUUGACGAAUCAAGAAGUAUUGGUUAUACAUAUAAAUGUUUAGCAUCGGGUUUUUAUGGAUUAAGAUCUACACGUUCAUUUGAAAAGACAUUAAAUGAUCUUAUUCGGUAUGGAGGUGAUGCUGAUACUAAUGGAGCAGUAUGUGGAACUAUGUAUGGAGCAAGACAUGGUUAUAAAGCUCUUCCUUAUUUAUGGCUGAGAGAAAUGCCAUUCAAAAAAUGUAAAAUCAUUGAUUGUCAAUCAUGGAAUACAUCCGAUAGAAUUCUUCCAUGGGAAUCCUAUAUACAAUUAAAUGAUAUACAACGACCACUUGGUCUUACAAUUGAUCGAUCAUCACUUGCACAUCAUCAUUUUGCUAUUGGAUAUUUUUGUUUUCAUUCAUUUAUGUAUGAUGAAGCACGAGAUGCUUUCAAUCUAGCAAUUAAUAUUGCACCAACAUUUAUCGAAGCUCAUAUUGGAAAAAUGCUCGCAUGUAAACAUACAUUAUGGUCAUAUACUGAUUUUGAUUGUGGUCUAGAAGCCUAUAAUGCAAUAAAAUUAAUGUUGAAAACAUCAAAUAUAACACUUUCAUCAUUUCAAUCAUCAUUACUUUCAACAGUUUAUCAAUGGUAUGCAAAUCAAUCAUCGAUUACAAAUGGAGAACGAGCAUUUUUAUCAUCAAUAACUAAUUUAUCAGAAACAUAUCCAAAUGAAACUGAUAUUCGUGUUUUAUGGGGUCUUUCUCUUCUUAAUGUAGCUUUUGGACAAGAAUUUCAAGGUCAAAUAGAACCUACACCAAUGAUGGAAGCAAGAGAAAUCUUUAAAACAGUACUUAGAAUUGAACCAAAUCAUCCAGGUGCUCUUCAUUAUUUAAUACAUGCUUAUGAUGUUAAUCAAGUUGAUAUAGCAGAAAAAGCUACAGAUUAUGCACUAACAUAUAAUAAAACUGUGUUAAAAUUAUCACAUGCACAACAUAUGCCAGCUCAUAUUUGGAUGCGUACAGGUGCAUGGCUUCUUGCUAUGUCAGCUGAUAGAUCAGCUAUUCAAGUAAGCUUGGCAUUAUGUGCGACAAAAUUAUUAAAUCGUUCUAUAUCAAUAUCAUCCAUUGAAUUAGAAUCUGUAUUGACUCAAUUUAAUACAACAAAUCAAAUAUCAUCUUUUCUUUUAUGUGAUGCUGAAAAUCGAGCACACUCAACUGAAUGGUUGUCAUAUUCUCGUUUACAAACAGGUGAUUGGUUAGGUAGUAUUGCUCUACUUAAUGAUUUAUUCAUUGCUGAUAAUCAAUCAUUUUUAACACCAAAUCAUUAUUUACCAUUUGCCUAUCGAACUCAAGCACGUACUAUUGUUGAUCUAUUCUUUUGGUUUCCAUAUAGUAAUCAAUUUUUAAAUAAAAUACAAUCAUUAUUAGCAUUUAAUGAAAAACAAUCUUUAAUUUUGUUGAGUGAUAAUACUACAGGAUGGUAUCCAAUAUGGACAGAAGCAGGAUAUCGUUUUGCUGAUUGUCUAAAAUUACUAACUACUUUUUAUAUGAAUAAGAAUACAUCUGAUAUUUUAUCAACUAUAGAUAUUCAUCUAGCUCGUUUUAUUAUACUUUCUAAUCGAACUAAUUCAUUAAGUAAAUAUAUAUCUAAUAGUAUUUUAAUGAUGAUACCUCAAAUACUUGGUAUACGUCAUUAUAUUAAUGGAUUAUGGCAAGAAUGUUUAAAUGAAUUAAAUACAGCUACUCAAAUUGAAUCGAUGCUUAUAUCUGAAAGUAAUAGUCCUACAUUGAUAUUUGCACGUUCUUCAGAAUUAUUUGCUAUGCAUUUAAUAAUUAUUUAUGAACAAAAUAAAAACCAAUUGGUUGAGACUAAUUCUUCUAUAUAUAUGUUAAAUGGUACAGAAACAGCUAUUGAUAAAUUUCCAUUAAUAGCAUUAAAAUUAUAUAAAAAAGCUGAUCAAAUAGCUCCUAAUCGAGCUAUUAAUACACUUGGUAUGGCACGUGCUAAUGCUCAUCUUAAUCGACAUAAUACAGCAGUUGGUUUGUAUCAACAACUUUCUUUUCAAAUGACAUCAUCGAAUAAUAAUGAUGAAUAUUUUCUUAAAGAAGCAAAUGACUAUCUUGAUCAACAUAGUUCAGCUAUACAUUGUAGCUUUUCUUUCAUUUUAAUCUUUUUUUCCAUGUGUUUGUUUUAUUUUUAA